AGUAUUUUUUUGGACUUUGUUGUUAACGGUUGUUCGCCCGAUCGCGUUCGUCUAACUACAAGAUACAAAACACAGCACACACAGUUCGAAACACAAAACCAACCAGAACGGUUUCCCCAGAAAACACCGAACGUUUCAAAACAAAAACCCAAAAUGUUGCAACCAAAUGAUAUACAUGUUUAAAUCGCCUAUAUACACACACACCUCUAUUGAUGAGAAAUUGUUAGAAAGUCCCAAAUAAUACCAAUCCCCGCCCCUCAUCAACAACAAAAACAACAAGUGCAAUUCGACGGCAAAAAUUGAAAUAAAGUGCAAAUGCAUUGUAGCUGAACCCCAGAAAAUAGGAAAAAUAAGUAGUGAAGAAGAAGGCAGAGGAAAUAGUUCUUUAAAUAACGCAAAUCGAGAGCAUAUAUUCAUAUUUGUACAGAUAUUAUAUAGUGGCUGCAUAGUGCAAAUCGCGGGUGAAGAAAUUCAAAGAGCUCGAAAUGUAAAAAGGAAUAUAUUCCCAAAGCAAUUCGACGGUGAGAGCAAGAACAAACGGAAAUCGAAACAAACAGAACUCGAAAUCUAACAUCAACAAAACAGAGCGACGGACAGACGCUUAGACUCUCGUCUAGUCGCCGUCUGUGGCACGUCCCCCUCCCCAAAUCAAGGAGACGGAAUCACCAUCACCAUCGCAUCCCCAAAAUUAUUAUUAUCUCGAAGAUAGUGCGCGAGUGUGUGAGUGAGGGAUUUGUGCUCUGGAUCCCCGUUACGUUUCAAAAGUGAAAAGAUAUUUACCAAAAUUCCAAUUCGUGCUUCGGCAACUGGAAUAUCUCCCAUUCAAGAACACAGUGAACCGAUGGAUACUUGUGGAUUAGUAGCAGAACUGGCGCACUAUAUCGAUGCAUAUGCUCUGAUUGUUCCGCGUACUGAAUGAGCAGGAAUUCGGGCGAAAAUGUAUUUUGAACGCAAGCAAGUGCGCAAAAAAUACUAGAGCAGCCAUCAAACACAAAAAAAAAAAAAAAAAAAAAAAAAAAACACCACCACAAGUAAGCAGCAGAACCUCGGACAACACAGGCCGAGCUUCGCACAGCAACAAAAGGAUCUUACCAGGAGAAAGUACUUCUCCGUAAAUAUCGAACAACUGCCAGGGACAAGCCCCUUGUCCCCAGCCGACGUGAAGUGAUCUGAGAAACGGCAGCAAAACGGCGACCAUCGGCUACCAGAGGAUGAAGCGGCGCUGGUCGAACAACGGCGGCUUCAUGCGCCUUCCGGAGGAGUCGUCCUCGGAGGUCACCUCCUCCUCGAACGGGCUCGUCCUGCCCUCGGGCGUGAACAUGUCGCCCUCGUCGCUGGACUCGCACGACUACUGCGACCAAGAUCUCUGGCUCUGCGGCCCCGAGUCAGCCUCGUACAACACCCCCAACGGCAACGGCCUGAAUCAGCAGCAGCAGCAGAGCGUCAUCACGCUGGCCAUGCACAAUUGCUCCAGCACUUUGCCCGCCCAGACGACCAUCAUCCCGAUCAACGGCAACGGGAAUGGAGGCUCCGCCAAUGGCCACUAUGUGCCGGGUGCCACCAAUCUGGGUGCGUUAGCCAAUGGCCACGGGAUGCUCAAUGGAGGGCACAACGGGAUGCAGCAGCAGCAGAUGCAGAAUGGCCACAACCUCAUCAACUCCACCACCCCGACGACGCCCAGCAACCAGCAGCUUCACCUGCAGCAGAAUGGGCUGGGUGGUGGUGGCGGUAUCGGAGGAAUGGGUCUGCUCCACCACACGAAUGGCAAUGGCAUUAUAGGAGUCGUAGGCGGCGGAGGAGGUGGUGUCGGAGUGGGCGGAGUCGGAGUGGGUGGCCUGGGAAUGCAGCACACGCCGCGAAGCGACUCAGCGAAUUCCAUUUCAUCAGGUCGCGACGAUCUCUCGCCCUCCAGCAGCCUGAAUGGAUAUUCGGCGAACGAGAGCUGCGAUGCGAAGAAGAGCAAGAAGGGUCCUGCGCCGCGGGUGCAGGAGGAGCUGUGCCUGGUCUGCGGCGACCGGGCCUCCGGCUACCACUACAACGCCCUCACAUGCGAGGGCUGCAAGGGCUUCUUUCGGCGCAGCGUAACGAAGAGCGCCGUGUAUUGCUGCAAAUUCGGGCGCGCCUGCGAAAUGGACAUGUACAUGAGGCGCAAGUGCCAGGAGUGUCGUCUGAAAAAAUGCCUGGCCGUGGGCAUGCGGCCGGAGUGCGUUGUGCCGGAGAACCAGUGUGCGAUGAAGCGGCGCGAGAAGAAGGCUCAGAAGGAGAAGGACAAGAUGACCACUUCGCCCAGCUCGCAGCAUGGCGGCAACAGCGGCAGCUUGGGCUCCGGCCACGCCCACGAAUUUGUCAAGAAGGAGAUUCUUGACCUGAUGACAUGCGAUGCGCCACAGCAUCCCACUAUUCCGCUACUACCUGAUGAAAUUUUGGCCAAGUGCCAAGCGAACAAUAUACCUGCAUUAACGUUCAAUCAGUUGGCCGUUAUAUACAAAUUAAUUUGGUACCAGGAUGGCUAUGAGCAGCCAUCCGAAGAGGAUCUCAGGCGUAUAAUGAGUCAACCCGAUGAGAACGAGAGCCAGACGGACGUCAGCUUUCGGCACAUCACCGAGAUAACCAUUCUCACAGUGCAGCUGAUUGUUGAGUUUGCUAAAGGUCUACCAGCGUUUACAAAGAUACCCCAGGAGGAUCAGAUCACGUUACUCAAGGCCUGCUCGUCGGAGGUGAUGAUGUUGCGUAUGGCUCGCCGUUACGAUCACAGCUCGGAUUCCAUAUUCUUCGCGAAUAAUAGAUCCUACACGCGGGACUCGUACAAAAUGGCCGGAAUGGCCGACAAUAUUGAAGACCUGCUGCAUUUCUGCCGCCAAAUGUUCUCGAUGAAGGUGGACAACGUCGAAUACGCGCUACUCACUGCCAUUGUGAUCUUCUCGGACCGGCCGGGCCUGGAGAAGGCCCAACUAGUCGAAGCGAUCCAGAGCUACUACAUCGACACGCUACGCAUUUAUAUACUCAACCGCCACUGCGGCGACUCUAUGAGCCUCGUCUUCUACGCCAAGCUGCUCUCCAUCCUCACCGAGCUGCGCACGCUGGGCAACCAGAACGCCGAGAUGUGCUUCUCGCUCAAGCUCAAGAACCGCAAGCUGCCCAAGUUCCUCGAGGAGAUCUGGGACGUGCACGCCAUCCCGCCCUCGGUCCAGUCGCACCUGCAGAUCACCCAGGAGGAGGCGGAGCGGCACGAGCGGGCGGAGCGAAUGCGCGCCUCCGUUGGCGGCGCCAUCACCGCCGGCAUCGAUUCCGAGUCCGCCUCCACUUCGGCGGCGGCGGCAGCCGCAUCCCAGCAUCAACCUCAGCCUUCGACACAGACGCAGACGCAGAACGAGGCGCAACAUCAGUCGCAGGGACAGGGGCAGACGCAGCCGCAGUUGCGUCCCCAGUUGCAGGCUCAGCUGCAACCACAGCUUCAGCCGCAACUUCAGCCGCAGCUUCUGCCGCAGCAACAGCACCUUCCCGUUUCCAUUUCCGUGCCCGUGCCCGCAUCCGCAUCCGUAAACGUAACCGGCUCUGGUUCCGUGUCGGCGGUCAGCACGAGCAGCGACUUCAUUGGCGGCAGUGGGGCCAUUGGAGCCACCACGCCGGCGCCCACAUCCUCCAGCAACAUAGCGGCUGCCGUUCCAGCCAUCUCCACCACAUCAGCGGUGCCGAUGGGCAACGGAGUGGUGGGUGGAGUUGGAGUGGGAGUGGGUGGCAACGUUAGCAUGUAUGCGAACGCCCAGACGGCGAUGGCCCUGAUGGGCGUGGCCCUGCACUCGCACCAGGAGCAACUAAUCGGCGGAGUGGCGGUCAAGUCGGAGCACUCGACGACGGCAUAGCAAACGCAGCGUCACCACCAGACCAUUGGCGUUCUGCUGGAUUGAGAUGCGCAGCUGAACCCACACGGGUCUAUGGGAAUGGGGAAGUUCUGUACCGCGGCCGAGUUCCGGGCGAACUUAGUAAGGACAAAAAGAAGUGAAUAAUUAAUGGACAAGCGUAAUAUGCAGUUAUUUAGUCUUAAGCCUGCAAAUAUUAGAGUUUAGCCAUUAUCCAUACGAUUUAACUGAUAAUACAGCCUAUUAACAAUUACACAAAAGCUUUCUUGAAACAAGCUUCAACCACAAUUGGACAAACGCGUUGAGGGACAGAGACAGAAAGAGAGAGAGAGACAAAUUGAAAAGAGAACCAUUGAAAAUCAUGAAAUAUAGAAUCAAUUCUUUUGUGGGCAGAUGUUCUGCUCCACGAUUAAUUCUCGAAUUUUUCAAUAUUUUUCAAUUUGAUCCUCGUAACUGCAUGCAAAAACCGAUCAGAAAAGAAGAACAGAGAAUAGAGAAUAGAGCGAGGACCGAGGGAAGAGAGAA